UACCCCUGGUUUAAGAGCGCAGAAGGGCUCUCUGGUCUUUGCAUAUCUCAUGGAGGCGGCUGGAGGUGCCAGCAUCUGGGUUGCACCAGAGGGGCUCACGGUGGUGGGCUAUGUACAUCACAUUGCGCUCUAGUUGAGGACAUAGGGAUCCAUGGGGGUGCCACACUUGGACCCGUGGUCCAUAAGAAGAUGGAAGAGGAGGUCAUUGAGGUGCAGGGUAUGGAUUUUGAAGAACACAAGAAGUAUUCGAGGCACAAACCAUGCAAGCAUUUAGUCUUCUAUUUCGAUGACAUUCUCUGCAAUAGACAAAAUGUUGCCAACGCCACGGCAAACAUUGUAGCCGCUCGGAAGGGGUUUAACGGGACCAUCCUAGCCGAUUCGCCGUUGAAAAGAACAAAGACAUCAAAUUUAAGGGAACAAAUGAUGGGACAAACGGAGCGUGCAGAAGGACGCACGGAUUUCUGUAUCGCCCACGGUGGCGGGCGGCGGUGCAGUCAAGAAGGAUGUGGGCGUGCCGCCAGAGGUAAAACUGGGUUGUGCAUUCGGCAUGGUGGCGGCAUGAGAUGCCAGAAAGAGAACUGCACAAAGAGCGCAGAAGGGCUCUCAGGUCUUUGCAUAUCGCAUGGAGGUGGCCGGAGGUGCCAGCAUCCGGAAUGUGCCAAAGGGGCUCAAGGUAGCACAAUGUUCUGCAAGGCGCACGGUGGUGGCAAAAGGUGCAAGUUUGAAGGAGGGUGCACCAAGGGUGCAGAAGAGAGCACACCUUUCUGCAAGGAGCAUGGUGGAGGGAAAAGGUGUUCAUUCGAAGGUGGUGGGGUUUGUCCGAAGAGUGUGCAUCGUGGGUUUCAAUUCUGUGUUGCACAUGGGGGUGAUAAGAGGUGUGCUUUUCCGGAGUGCACAAAGAGUGCCCGCGGGCGGACCGACUUUUGUGUCCGGCACGGUGGGGGAAAGAGGUGCCAAUACGAAGGGUGUGCAAAGAGUGCACAGGGAGCCACUGAUUUUUGCAAGGCACAUGGUGGAGGUAAGAGAUGCUCUUGGGGCCAACCUGAGUCGGAGUUUGGCCAAGGUGAAUCACCAUGUUACUUAUUUGCUAGGGGACUGACCGGGCAAUGUACAUCACAUGGCGCUCAGCUGGUUCAGGACACAGGGGUUCAUGGGGGCGCCACACUUGGACCCAUGCAUGAUCCAUGAGAAGAUGGAAGAGGUCGACACUGCGAUGAAAGGUAUCAAUUGAAGAAAACUAAACUUGAGUCCGCGGCUAGCCCUUGAAAAACACCUGGUGAACUGUUUAAGAUUAGGCUUGAUGACUUCGACCUUCUGUAACAUGUUUUGUGAUUUGCUCAAUAAACGGGAGUUUAUCGCAUGUUUGAUUUCUCCUCUUGUUCUUCAUAUAUAUAAUAGGCUUGUAAUGUGAUUUUAAGUUGUCAAUCCUCCUCUGUUUGCUUGGGAAAUACAAUAUCUAUCUGAGUGUGAUAAAAAAUUGUAAACUGUCAAUCCUCCUCUGUAUGCUUUAUGAAUGUCGAUGCUAUGUGAAGAUGGCCCUAGCAGUUUUUAAUUGGAAA